UGCGCCUCGUCGCUGUCAGAGGCUUGUGUUCCCCGCAAAGCUUCCCAUAUUCACUUCAGCACGGUGCUGACCCGCCAUGUGAAGUUCUGUUGAUGGUGGAUCCGAGUUCUGUGGUGAGUACAGACGCCACCUAAUAAGUGUCAUACAUGAAAGGAAUUCCCUCAGAAAAUGGAGGCAAGGCAGCUGAAAAGAGAAGUUGAGGCCCUCAUAGGGGAUUACAUCGGGCAGAAACUCAGAGAAAACUCCUUUGAUCCGAAAGGGAAGGGGACCUCCACGAUGCUGGAUGACCUGGCUCACUAUGACCUGGCCAUUACGGUUGCCCUGUGGUGGUUGGACAAAGAAGAGGGCCGGGAUGUGCUCGAUAGAGACAUCAUUGGAGCAACGAGCUGCUCAGGAGGCGCUCAGUACCCGAACCGCUUAGAGCGAGAGGCCAUGAUCCUGUCCUCCUUCGCUGGGAUUGUUAUGAAUCACCUUCCAGUGGAGGAGAUCUUGGCUCUGUACCGGUGCAAACCAGCAGCCUCAUUCCCCAACCAGCACUCCAAGGGCGCACUGGUGUACCCCUUCACUCUGUCCUACCAUCCGUUAGCCAUGCUCGGGUCUUACAAGGCUGUGUACCACUCCAAGAAACACAGUCAAAAGCUGAAAAGAUGGCUGUCUGAGAGGAUGAAGACUCGAGGCCCGUGUAAACGAGUGACAGCGCCCUCCUCCUCCUCCUCCUCCUCUUCCUCCUCCUCUCAUUCCUUCCUCACUGACAUCAGUGAUCGCCCUGAGGGGACAGCUGAGCACUACGAGGGAUCACUGCAGUCUCUGCACGACUGAAGACUCCUGCUGUUUUGGUCUUUUACGUUAGUUUAUUUGGGUGUUGAAAUACUUCCAGUUCUCACUUCUGCUGUCCUGACCUUAAGUACUCUCUCCAUACUGUCACACUGAGAACAACUCCAUAUUUAAAGACUGAUUUAAAGGCAGUACUUUUUCUUGUGAUACUUAACAUACGUUUUCUUGAUGAUAUCUUUGUAAUUCAGUAAGGUUUUAAAUGCUAAACAUGAACUGUUUACCAUAGUGCUAUUAGUACUUUUACUUACUCACACAGGAAUGAAUCAGAACACUUGUGAGCAUAAUAUGAUAUUUUACAUUUAUUAUAAACUUUAUUAUACAUUCUGCAACCUGUUCUCCUUUCUGUGUGCAGACAUUUCCAAACAAAUACCUUACAUAACAACAGUAUUUCUUGGAAGUUGUGCUAGCUUGUGUACUUCCUGUUUACAUAUUGAUACGGAUGUCUCUCUGGCAUUUGCUUGAUUACAUUUCUCAAGUUUUACUUAGAAAUGAAGUAGAUUGAAGAUGGAUUUAUGAACAGCUGCUGCAACCAAUUCACAUGAUAAAACAAUGAAUUAUUAAAAAUACAG